GAUGCCAAUACCGUUUAUGGUGUUAAUGAGAAAUUCGCCCGCAAGCUGCGUACCGGCUACGGUGGUCUCUUGCGUAUGAACCCUGUCUUCCAGGAAUAUGGUCUGAAAGAUUUGUUACCCUUGAAGUUGGAUAUUCCCGAUGAAGGCUGCACACGCCCCAACAAGAGUAUGUUCUGUUUUGAGGCUGGUGAAAUUCGUGUCAAUGAACAAUUGGUAUUGACCUGUAUGCACACUCUGAUGGCCAGAGAACAUAAUCGUAUUGCUACCGGUUUGGCUCAAAUCAAUAAACAUUGGGAUGAUGAGACACUGUUCCAGGAGGCAAGACGCAUUAACAUUGCCAUUGUCCAGCAUGUGACCUAUAAUGAAUUCUUGCCAAUUCUGUUGGGCAAAGAGGUUAUGGAGAAAUUCGGUUUGGUCUUGCAAAAGGAUGGCUAUUGGGAUGGUUAUGAUCCAAAGGUUAAUCCGGGUAUUAUUGAUUCAUUUGCUGGUGCUGCAUUCCGUUUUGGUCAUUCGCUGCUGCCCACCGCUGUGGAACGUUGGUCGAAGGCUCAUAAAUUUAUUGCCUCCAAAAGAUUGUCGGAUUUGAUUCGUCGCCCUUACGAUUUGUAUAGAGCUGGUGUUUUGGAUGAAUACUUUAUGGGUUUGAUGAAUCAAGUGGCCCAAGCUAUGGAUGAUUCCAUCACACAGGAGGUUACCAAUCAUUUGUUCAAGAAAGAAGGUGCUAGAUUUGGUAUGGAUUUGGUGUCAUUCAAUAUGCAACGUGGUCGUGAAUUUGGUAUACCCGGCUAUAUGGAAUUCCGUAAAUUCUGUGGUCUACCCACCUCGAAUACCUGGGAUGAGAUGUUUGGUUCUAUGCCCAAUGAUACGAUUUUGAGAUAUCAGAGUAUAUUUGAACACCCUGCCGAUAUUGAUUUGUGGUCUGGUGGUGUCUCUGAAAAAUCUCUGCCCGGUUCUAUGUUGGGUCCCACCUUUGCCUGUGUCAUUGCCACCCAAAUGAGCUAUUUGAGACGUGGUGACCGCUUCUGGUAUGAAUUGCCCAAUCAGCCAUCAUCAUUCACACCCGAACAAUUGCAAGAAAUCCGCAAGGCCAAAUUGUCGAGGUUGAUUUGUGACAACACCGAUCUGAUAGAUACAGUACAAAUUUAUCCCAUGGUUUUGCCUGAUCAUGAAAUUAAUCCUCGUGUACCCUGCAAGAGCGGUGUCAUACCCUCAAUUGAUUUGACCAAGUGGGCCGAUUAUGCUAGUCCUGAUAUAGCUUCACCAGUUUUUAACUACAUCAAUGAAAUUCCCGAUACUCUACUAAAUUUCCGCAAAAAGUAAA